CCUGGUGCAAUGGUUCAAUUUUUAUACACCAUCUCUUGAGUGUUUGAAAUAAUGAGAAAUCCACCGAGGUCAAAAAAGCUCAUUUUCAAUCACGAGCACCUUGUUUGCACCUUGUAAAAGUUUUUUUUAGGAAGUGCUGCGUGCUGUAUAUUAUGUAUAGAUAGGUCUUUCUGAUUAGAGCUUAGCUUAGUUAGUCUGAAGCAUGGUGAAGGACAACUUUGUUCAGGCAUUUCUGGAGACACGCCUCACUGCCCUCCACAAUAGCAGUGCCCCUUCUGUUACCAACUACAAGCAAAAAAUCAUCUCUUUCAUCAUUGCAGCUCUUCUCAUAUCCAUCUUGCCCAUUCUGCACAUAGGUGUUUUUUAUGCUAAGAUUUGGGUUCCACAGAAAGGGUAUAUUGAUAAAAGGACCUGCACAAAUACAUGCUUUGAUACCAUCUUUCGGGGUGCAUAUGAAAAUCCUGGAUCCACUCCCUAUAAACAUGUGUACUUUAACGCCACCUGGCAGACCUCCCGUAUUUGGAUAUUUACAGUGGUGUUUAUUUUGUUGGCCUAUGAGAGUGUUAAAUACCUGGUGCCCCUGAUGCGGCGCAAACGAUUAAGAGCCAGCAUGUUUUACCUGUACCUGAUUAACCUGUAUCCACAUUACUACUCUUGGUGGUCCUAUUUUAACUAUUAUAACGAGGACUUCUACAACUACUUCAAACAUCAUUUCAUGUUUACCAUCACAGAAGUCAUUGCCACCUGCAUUGUGUUGAACCUCUGUGAUAGGAGGAAUGAUGUUGUGUCGUGGAAAGUGUUUGCCAUAGUAAGCAUCAAUUUAAUGCAUAUCUUUGUGAGUGGUUUAGAUCAGUUUGUUAGUCAUGUUAUACGGGGGAAGGGAACCAACUUCCAGAAUGCUCGCGACAUUGGGCUGAUGAUUCCAGAUUCACUUCAUGUGAUCAUUCCAAUAUGGCAGCUCCUGAAGUCAGCAAAAAACAAAGACCUAGCAAUCAAAGAGUUGUUUAACAGAGAGGAGAUUAUCAUGUGCAUUGUCUUUAUUUCUCUGUUUACACUUAUUGGUAGAAUUUUAUAACCAGGUUAUUAUAUAGCUGUUUGAAGCCUGUUUUUGAAACAAUAUUGUUUUAAAAAUAUGGAAGAUUUGGUCCAUUUGAGCAUUUCAUUUAACUUAUGCUUGUAUUCACAUUUGAAUGUAUUUCUGGCAUUCCAUAAUUACUAUAAAUAUAUUUUACUGAAACAUCAUUGAAGCACAUAUUGAUAGAAUUUUAUAACCAGAUUAUUACAUAACUGUUUAAAGCCUAUUUUUGAAACAAUGCUCUUUAAAAAUAAUGUUGGCUCCACUGGAACAUUCCAUUUAACUUAUAUUUGUAUUAAUAUUUUAAUGUAUUUCAGACAUUCCAUAAUUACUAUAAAUAUAUUUUACUAAAAUAUUAUUCAAGCACAUAUCACUUCAAGCUUAUAAAAGUAUAUAUAGCAUACUUCUUUCUUUGAUAAGAAUGUGACCACAUUUUACUCAAUUUAUGCAAUGUGUAGUGUAUAAAUGUCCUGAAGUCAAAAUAGUUAAAGGAAUCAGGCGUGUGUUAAGGUAGUACUCUACAUCGUCAUAAUGGCUGACUUCCUUUAAAAACAUGGAUGAAAAAAUCGAUAUGAGCAAUAUUUGACUUUUCCUUUUCCAUUUAAAUACGUUGCUGAGUAGCUCAGUAGGUUAGAAUACCGCCUGCUGAACUGUAGGUCGCAGGUUCGAGUCAAGCAGGGGUUUUAAAUUUUUUUCAGAUUAUCUUCUACUAAAACUGUAUUUUUUUUUACAAAAUAAAGUAGAUUGGAAAAUUUUCAAUUUCAAAAUAUUGUUGUACAUAUCCUCCACUUUUCAUCUACAUCAAAUUUCUCUGGUGUAGCAUACCUCCUUAAAGAAGUCAGGCGAGUGUUAAAGGAAUUAGGUGAGUGUUAUGAUCCUUGAGCCUGUUGUUAUAUGGACUCUUGAGAACUCGGAGAAUAUAUGUUAUCCUAGGACACACAUAAAUAUACAAUGAUAUAUCAAUCAGUACAUUCCAGUUACGUUGUACAUAUAAACAGUUGUGAUACAUAUCAAUACCACAUAUCAAAGAAAUUGGUGUGACGGGAAGUAACGAGUUGUCUUUCUUUGUAUGCGGACAUGCAGGUUGUGGUUUAUAAUGUAUAUAUUGUUAUAUGUUCAGAUGUUGAUUUAUGAAGAAAUAAAAUUUUGUAUACAUUAA